GUACUUGUUUUACCGAUAGCACAAAAUGCAUAUGUGCGCGUAUAAGUACAUAUAGUCCAUCGCCCGGAAGUAUCGACAAUCGAAAGUAGGACUUAUCUAUCGAAGAGCUUCAACCAGAAAGAUAUUAAGAGGGAAUUCUCCACGUACUAAUUGAAGUUCUUUCCAGUGCACGAUCACAAUGAGUGACUUUGGCCAAGAUCCCUACAACGUUUUGGAUUUGCCAAGAAACGCCACCGAAGAUGAGAUAAAGGAGGCUUUUCGUAAGUUGUCGCUGCUAUGGCAUCCGGACAAAAACCCGAAUGGAGCGGGGCAGUUCCGCGCGAUCUACCAAGCUUACCAAGCGGCUCUGAGGGACGCCAAAAACCGUGCCUCCUACGAUUCCUUCACUGUGCAAACAAGAGACCCGGGGACUGUCAAUUGCGUCGAAAACUAUACUGGGUCCGGUAAAAUGCUUAGGUUGGCAAGGAGAUGGUUCCCAAUGCCCUCCGGACCCGAUCCAGAAAAUGUUUACGGAAAGUUUAAAGUGGCUAUAUUUGUCGGUGGCGUGGUUGUGGGGGCCUACGUGUCCUACAGAAUAAUGCAAAGAUCUCCUCCGUCGAUCCCAGUUACGGUUCCAGUUACAAUCCCUGAGGCAGACGUUCCACAAAGUGCCGUCCAGGAACUCAGUGAAAUCCACCCCGCCUCCUUGUGGACAUUGGUCUCUUGGCUAGCCGCUUUGAGAUCCAAGGCUGUACUGCGUAUUGGCAGAUUGACUUCAGGAACAAGUGUUCGACUGUCCUCUAAAGCUCUAAAAGGGUCUCUAUCUGCUGCUGCCGAUGUAGUUGCCAAAACAGUUACCCAAGGUCCGCGCGCCGUGUCUUCUGUGGUCUCCAGCGCUUCUUUAACUUCUGCAGCCAAUGUUGUUGCUAAACCCCUACCGCAGGAACCGAAAACUGCUUUGACUGCUGCUGCGGGAGUAGUGGCCAAAACAUUAACCCAGGGAUCACAAGCCGGCCUAUCUUCCGCCUCAAAAACAGUUUUUGCAGAAACAAUAAAACAGGGGCCGUCAACAGGAUAUUCCGCUGCUGCCAACGAAGUAACUAAGAAAACUGGCGCAGGUCUUCUCAAAUACUGGAAAUGGACCGCGUCGUCCAUUGGAAAGGGCUCUGCUGCCGUAAGCCCGGCCCUAGCGAACCUGAAAAUAUCAUUGGUUAAGGGUGCCACGAAAGGUUGAAAGUACACUGAAUCCAAAAUGCUGCCCAUUAGAUCAAAUUUAGGCAGGACUGCACAAAGAUCCGUCACUGGAUUAGUUCAAGGUUCCAGCUCGGCCUUGUCUUCUGCUGCAAGAGGUUCCGCCAAAGUCAUAGAAAAAGGAACAUUGAAGGCGUUUAGUGUAUGGCGAGUUAGUUUGGCUGGUGUAAUAUCUUCAAGCUCCUCUGCCAUUUCGGCAGCUUCAAGGGCUUUUAGUGAAGUCACAAAGAAACGAUUCACAUCUAAAAACAUUUCACACGAAUCACAGAUAGCACCACCAGUUCUGGAAUCUAACCCGAGUAUCCCGAGUUCUGCAGCGCCUUUAAAAAACCCACCAAAGACUCCAAAGUUGGUUCCAGUUUACAAAGUACUCAUUGUGUUAGCUCCAUUAUGUAUGGCCUCCGCCUGCGUGCUAUACUAUACACCACAUCAUUUAUUUUCGUCGGCCAAACCAGAGCCCAAGAAGGAAAUGGGAUAUUAUUCUGCUGCCAAAGAUGUUAUAAAAAUCACGUGUAGAGGAGUUAGCGACACCGUAAACCCGACCGUAACGAGCUCUGUAAAAGUGAUAGUCAAAGGAGCAACCUCUGGAUGGAAUUGGACGUCCAACUGUUUUAGGAACACUGUAAAGCCGGCCGCAACUGCUUCGACAACCACUGCAAUAAAUGGUGUUACUGCAAGCUGGAACUGGACUGCGUCAAAAACUUAUUCAUACCUGGUGUCUCCGUUGAAGAAUAUUUAUAAAUUUACUUUGGACCGAGUAGUGCCGCCAAAGUCAUAGAAAAAGAUAAAUUCCCAUUUUUUCUAGAGAUGCCGUGGAGCUUGUAAAGGCAUAGUAAAACGAGCACCUUUUUUUUCCUAAAAUCAAUGAUUAUUUUUUACGAUUCUAAAAAAUAUUUUUGUACAUUUUUGUAAAAACAUUUUGUUUAAUCAAAGUAAAAACAAUUUGUGAAGUAUCUUAAAAACCCAAUAAAAUAAAACGAUCAGCUAACACAAUUA